CCCCCUACUGGAGAUAUACCUGCAAACAAGGAUGUGAACUUUGAGGACGUGGCCAUUGCCUUCUCUGAAGUGGAGUGGGUGAUCCUGGAUGAUGCUCAGAGACUUCUGUACUAUGAUGUGAUGCUGGAAGUGUUUGCCCUUGUAUCAUCUGUAGGUUGUUGGCAUAAAAUGGAAGAUGAGGAGGCCUCUUUUGAUCAGCAAGUAUGUAUACAAGGCAAGUUACAGGUCAGGACCUCUAAGACAGCUCCAGUCACCCAGAAGAACCAUCUCUGUAAGCAGUGUUUCUCUCUGUUACAACAUAUUUUGCACCCGACUGGGUCACAUGCAGCAUACUUUGAGCAGAAAGCCUUCUGUAGCGACGCAUGUGUUGGAGAAUUCUGUUUCAGUGUAAACCCUCACCAGCAACAAAAGAAUGAAUGUGGAGAGGGGCCCUGGAAAGAAGCUAUGGACGGGGCCUCUUUUGUGAGCAGGUGCAGCUUCUCCUUCCCUUCGGUGCCUUCAACCAGCAGGGAGGUUGGGGAAGACUUGCAGUCCAACUCAGAGCUUCCCCAGCACCAGGCCACUCUCAACACUGAGGAGCUACCCUGUGGCAGUGAGAUUUCACAGGAAUUUCUCCGUGGAAAAAGUCAUCACCGGUGGGAUGAAUGUGGAAACGCUGCCAGCCACAACCUGAAAGUUGCUCAGUGUCAGGGUGUGUGUUCUGGAGAACUGAUUUAUGAGUGUAACAAAUGUAGGAAAGUGUUUAUACAAAACUUGAAGGUCAUUCGACAUAGAGUUCACACUGGAGAAAAGCAGUAUCAGUGUAAUGAAUGUGGGAAGUUCUUCAGAAAAAGACCUUCACUCGUUAGACACCAGAGAGUUCACACUGGAGAGAAGACAUAUGUGUGCAAACAGUGUGGGAAGUCUUUCAGUUACAACUCUAACCUCAAAAAACACAACAGAGUUCACACAGGAGAAAAGCUGUAUAAGUGCAGUGAAUGUGGGAUAUCCUUUCGUCAGGAGACCCACCUCAUGGAACACCUCAGAGUUCACACUGGACUGAAACCAUAUGAGUGCAGACAUUGUGGGAAAUCCUUCAGCUCCAAGUCUAACCUCAAACAACACAACAGAGUUCACACAGGAGAAAAGCCGUAUAAGUGCAGUGAAUGUGGGAUAUCCUUUCGUCAGAAGACCCACCUCAUGGAACAUCUCAGAGUUCACACUGGACUGAAACCAUAUGAGUGCAGACAUUGUGGGAAAUCCUUCAGCUCCAAGUCUAACCUCAAACAACACAACAGAGUUCACACAGGAGAAAAGCCAUAUAAGUGCAGUGAAUGUGGGAUGUCCUUUCAUACAAGGACUCAGCUCACUAGACACCUCAGAGUUCACACCGGAGAGAAGCCGUAUGAGUGUAGAGAAUGUGGGAUGUCCUUUCGUACAAGGGCUCAGCUCAGUGUACACCUCAGAGUUCACACUGGACAGAAACCAUAUGAGUGCAGACAUUGUGCGAAAUCCUUCCGUUCCAAGUCUAACCUCAAUCAACACAACAGCAUUCACACAGGAGAAAAGCCAUAUAAGUGCAGUGAAUGUGGGAUGUCCUUUCGUACAAGGACUCAGCUCACUAGACACCUCAGAGUUCACACCGGAGAGAAGCCGUAUGAGUGUAGAGAAUGUGGGAUGUCCUUUCGUACAAGGGCUCAGCUCAAUGUACACCUCAGAGUUCACACUGGACAGAAACCAUAUGAGUGCAGACAUUGUGGGAAAUCCUUCCGUUCCAAGUCUAACCUCAAUCAACACAACAGCAUUCACACAGGAGAAAAGCCAUAUAAGUGCAGAGAAUGUGGGAUGUCCUUUCGUACAUGGUCUCAGUUCACUGUACACCUCAGAGUUCACACUGGACA